UUUCAUUUCAUUUCAUUUCAUCUCUUUUUUUUUUUUUUCUUUUUUUAUUUAAAAAAAACUCUCUGUAAUCCCGCCGCCGUACCGGGUUACUGUUGAGUGUUUUUCCGGCAGCCGCUGUAGCUGUGGAGAAGCGAAGAGGAGAAGAAGCGGAGUGGAGAGGAGUGGAGUGGAGCUUUUUUUUUUUUUCUUAUUGCUAGACCGACAAAUGAUGAGAUUUUGGCGGUUCAAUUGAAGUUGUGUUUCUGUACGCGUUGUUAGUGAAGAAAUUCGAUGGUUUAUGGAGUUAUUUUGUAUUUGAAGAAACAGAUUUCUUAGUGAAUUUGAUUGCAUUGGUGCUUCUUUGGCGUUUUGUUUUGGUUGGCGAUUACUACGAAUUUGGCGUAAUUGAAGAAGAAGAAGUUGUUUUCGAAAGGUUCGUAUUGUUUUAGUUGAAGCAGAGCUGGAGAAAGGAGGAGGAUCGAUGGAGGCGGAUUUUCAGCAGCAUCACCAUAUUCUUCAUGAACAGUAUCAGCAACAACCGCAGAUGAAUUCUGGCUUAACACGGUACCGUUCUGCGCCGAGUUCGUAUUUCAGAAGACUGACGGAUAGGGAAUUCUGCGAUCAGUUCUUCAAUCGCCCAUCCAGUCCCGAAACCGAAAGGAUUUUUGCACGGUUUAUGACAAGCGGGACCGCUGGAGGCGGAGGCGGCAGCCCAGAAGUUUCGUCUCAGAACCUGGCCGAGUCUCCGAAGAACGCUCAGGCUGGAGAAGUGUUUAUAGCCACUGAAGCAAAUCAACAAACACCUUAUAUGCGUAACGAAACAAAAGCUAUCCAUCAAUUGCCAAGCAAUGUCAACGGCAAUUACCCACCUGCUUCGUCAACACCGAGUUUCUAUCAGAGUUCAAUGAAACCCCCACUUCCAAAUCAGGGUAUGAUUUCAGGAACAGAAGGAUCUGGUUCAAUGGGGAUUGAUCUAAAGCCACGGAUUAGAACAGAUGGUGGAAGAACCUCGAAUCUCAUUCGGCAAAGUAGCUCGCCUGCUGGACUAUUCGACCACAUAAAGAUCAAUGAUGGUGGCUAUGCAGCAUUGAGAGGCAUGGGAAAAUUUGGAACUGGUAAUAGUGUUAAUGAAGAAGCUUCUUUGCCAUCUCCAAGCAGGUUGAAGAGGAGCUUACCAUCACACUCAUCAGGGUUGAUGAGUCCCAUGGCUGGAAUUGAGAAAAAAUGUAUCAGAGAAAAAACCAAUCAAGACACUAAAGGCUUUGCCGAAAGCAAAACCAACGAUUAUGGUAGUACAAACUUCCCGGUUGGUUCUUGGGAAGAAUCUGCUGUCAUGUCUGAUAACGAUGAGGAUGUGAAGUCAUACUCAAAUUUCAACAUUCCGGACACUCAGAAGGUGGAUCCAGUAAAUCGCCCUCCCAUGCUUGCUCAUCAUCUUAGUUUGCCAAAUACUUCAGCAGAAAUGAAUGCUAUUGAAAAGAUCUUGCAGUUUUCAGAUUCUGUCCCUUGUAAACUUCGAGCCAAGCGUGGCUGUGCUACACAUCCCAGAAGCAUUGCGGAGAGAGUCAGACGAACUAAAAUCAGUGAACGAAUGAGGAAGCUUCAAGAGCUAGUGCCCAACAUGGACAAGCAAACCAACACAUCAGACAUGUUAGAUCUGGCAGUUGAGUACAUAAAAGGCCUUCAGAAACAGGUUCAGACGCUUUCAGAUAAUCGUGCGAAAUGUAAGUGCUCACAUAGUCAGCUUCAAUAAUGAAAAAGGACUUGGCGUGGAAAUUCUUACGUACAGAGGGAUACCAAUUUGAAAAUUUAGGAUAGAACACGAAUUUCUCUGAGGAUAUAACUACUUAUUGUGUACUAAUUAAGAAGAAAUAGUGGGCCAACGUGAUUUUCUUUGAAGAAAGUUUGCAGAAGGAGGGACUGCAUAGGACAACCAGAUAGUGUGGUACAGCGAUUGGAAACGGACACAAAGGACUGCUGAAAGCUGGUCGUGCAUGUGAGCUUAAAGACCUUCUGGUACUUGCCACCACUGUAAAUUAAAUAACAAUGCAUGAUUAGCAUACAUAUCUUCUAUUGCAUGUUGUCACUCAAGAGAGAAAAAGAGAAGGAAAAAGAAAAUAAGAGAUUGACUUGGCCCUGGAUCUGGGUAGUGGGAUUAAGAAGGGAAGUGGCCAUCAAUGGCUGACCCAAGGAGUGGCUUAGGAAGAAGUGGGGAAUAAACUGCCUGAUUUGUAUUAGAAAAGUUACCCAUUUGGUGCUACAUUCCAUUAUUGUUGUUGUUGCUGCUAUGUGCAUUAUUUAUCUUUGUUUCUUUGUUUUCUCUAA